UUGAUCUAUUCAUAAAAAAGAAUAUCAAUCUUUACAAGAAUAUCAAAAGGAAAAUUCACAUGAUCAAACCUUCACUAAAUACAUGUAUGUACAUGCAUCGGCCCUAGCAGAUAUAUUAAAAAAGGAAUGCGUACAGCCCAAGGAAAGGAAAAAUAAACAAACAUGUGUCUACAAACAGCUAACAGGAUAAUUAAUCUAAUAAAACACAGAUGGCAUAGUGGAGACAGAUAAAAUCAAUCAGCAUUUUGACAUGAUGGGGAAAACAAGUUUACCGUCCAGGCUCUGCUUCUAGAAAGUGGUCUGAAUACGCAGCCUAAGUCCCUGACUGGGUAAACUUGUAGUUGUGAAAGUCUUGUCUCAAGACCCACAUGAUGAUUAAAGUUUAUAGGGGAGGGGGAAGGUCAUAAAGCUGUUCAUAAUCUAAGAGCAACUUUAUGAAUUACUUUUGAUCCUUUGUGGUAAAUGAUAUGCACCAUUAAGUGUUCAUUAGUGAUUACCUAAGAUUAUUUAUCGCGUAAGAAAGGUUUACCGGUCGUUCUCAAAUUGCUUUAUGAAACACCCACCAGGGUCUGUGUCUGCAGACUAGAGGAUUGAGGUAAUUAGACCCCGGGGUAAUAUGGGCCCCACACAGCGGCCUCACCCUCAGUUCAAGUAUGAGAAGGACAAACGAGCUAUCACAUGUGCAGGAUGUGUGCAUGUUACAAUAGCCACUGUGUCUAGCUGUAGUACUGUAACUUGCAGUAUACUAUACUGAGCAGUUGCAAAGGACUACUGAAUUUCAUCUAUCAAGUUGCUUCUCCACUUUGCACCGGAUAUACCUCGCAUAAACAAAUUUUCAUCAUUGCUCGAAAUCUGGAUUAUCAGCUGCGAAAAUGAGGAAUUACAAACGUAAGACAGAGACCUCUUACACCAAGCAGUCUCUCAUAGAUGCAGUUGAAGCCAUCAAAGAAGGCAAGAUGGGACUCAAAAAGGCAAGCAAGAUAUACGGUAUAAGCCGUACUACGCUGCAGAAAAGGGUACAGGGCAAGAUUUCAAUUGAUGUCUUUGGUGGUGGUCGCAAAACUGUUCUCCCAAAGCAUGUCGAGGACGAAAUGGCCAGAUGUCUUGGCAUUCUAGCAAGCUGGGGUCUUGGAUUUACGAAGGCUGCGCUUUUAGACCUGGUUGCCGAUUAUGUAAAGACCUGCAACAUUGAGAACCCUUUUACUGAUGGUAGACCAGGAAUCGACUGGUAUAAAGGAUUCAUGGAUCGGCAUCCUUCUCUAAGCCUUCAAAAACAAGAACAGCUUCCUUGCAGCAGGGCAAAGGCGACAGAGAAAGAAACUGUAAGACACUGGUUCGAGCUGUUAGGAAAAACUCUAAAAGACCUCAGUCUUGAAAACAAACCCUCCCAGAUAUAUACAGUUGAUGUGAAUGGAUUGCCUCUUGACCCAUCUCAGCUGAAAGCGAUAGCAGAGAAGGGUCUGGAGAAUGUCUUCCAAAUUAUUGGAGGCUACGAAGGAUCAGAGAGAGAAAAAAUUACAGUGAGCGGAUGUGGUUCUGCUUCAGGACAUAUGCUACCUCCCUAUGUGUUGUACAGUGGAGAAAACUUGAAUACAGACUGGACCAAGGAAGGGGUCCCAAAUGCCAGAUACAAUACAUCACACAAUGGCAGGAUGGAAGCUGUCACACUCUUUGACUGGUUCCAAAAUAUGUUUCUCCCCAACAUCCCACAAGUCCGGCCAGUGCUUCUCAUUUUUGAUGGCACCGCAUCGCGCAUUACGUUUCCUCUAGUAAAGCUUGCUUCAGAGAAUGAGAUCACCAUCAUACCCAUUCCUUCUAGCACAACCCACUAUUUUAACCCUCUCAAUGUCAGUGUGUAUGGACCUGUGAAGACAGCCUGGGAGAAGAUCCUUCUUGCCUAUGCCACAGAGAAUCUUGGAAGAGCUCUUGUCAAAGAUGAAUUCCCUAGGCUUGUCAAGGAUCUCUGGAAUGAAGCAAUGAAACCUGAAUCCCUUGUGAGUGGUUUCAAGAGCUGUGGAAUCAUGCCAUUCAACCCAUCGACAGUUCCAGAAUCCAUAUAUGAAUCAUCUGCUGCUUUGAAGCUAAAUAUACUUCCAUCAGUUUUGUACAAACCAGAUGUCUGCAGUGAUUUCCCGUCAACCUCCAGAAUAUCUCAGGCUAUGCUACCACCUACAAUCCAGCCAGAAUUCUGUAGUGAUUCUCCAUCAACUUCCGGAUUAUCUCAAGCACCAUCACAUAUGUCUUGGCCUGCUAUACAAAUGAAAGAAGUUGAAGGAAUCAGAUCACCUCUUACAAGUUCUCUGUGUGGUAACACCUCUUCUACAUCCCCUUUGAAUCUCUCUGUGACUCCAGACUCGAGUUCGUCAACCCCACCUUCUACUGAAAACUCUACUCCUGCCAUUGCAGAGUUAAUUGCAAAACACAUCCAAUCAAAGGUAGAAUCAAAUAGACCAUCAAAAAGACAAUCAGAAAGAGUACUGACAUUUGGUGACAUUGUGACAAAAGAACAUGUGAAGCCUUUGGAGCAAGAACAAAAGGUGAAACGAAGAAGAAAGAGUGAAAAUCCAAGGAAGAAGAUAGAAAGGCUGGACAAAGAGUAUCAACAACAUGAAAGAGAUGAAUUAGAUAAUCUGUUUGAUGAUCCAGUGGAAGUUCUGCAAACUGACAUUGACACCCAAAAGGAUGGCAAAGGCAUUGAAAGAUGUGAGGCUUGUGGUAAAAUAAAUGAUACCACAGACUCUGACCAGUUCAUUGGUUGCGAUCUUUGUCCAAAAAGGUUUUGCAAGAGUUCCGUCUGCUGUGGCCUUGAUCUCUCAUCAGAGAGAGAUGUUACAAGAGUUGGCUUUGUGUGUAAUUCUUGCCAAGAGAUCAUGUACAACAGACAAAUAACAACACAUAUGGAAAUGGAACAUGGACGAAAGAUGUAUGCUAUAUCAUAAGCAUUGCUUAAUUAAUUUAGGGUACUUACAUGAAAGUUGGUCAAUGAGAGGAAAAUUAAGCUUUAUGUUAUUAAGUAUUUCAGAUCUGGGGCCCGUACCACAAAGCCUACCAAUGAUCGUAGAACUGAUUCCAUUGACUACAAUGUACCAUCAAUCUUGAAAAUCAAGCUUACAAUUCAUCGCUAACCUUUGUGUUACGGGAUCCUGAUCAGGAGGGUAGCACACUUCAUUAUAAUUUGUUACAGCUGAGGAUUUAAUUCAUUCCACGAAAUUUUGAAAAGAAUCCCAUUCUACCAGGUUUUUUUCGUUCACAAAUUAACCACUUGUCGUAGAUAUUAAACAUCAAUUGAUAUGCAAAUAAGAAACACUGAAAGCUGGUAACAUUUGAUGUGAUAUGAUAUGAAGGAGGUUCAUCAUGGCGAUGGAUGAAGUUGAAGAAAUUAAUUGGUUGUCUCAUGACAUUUGAUAUGUUAUUGUUCCUCUUUACCUAAUAUAACUAAAGAUAGUACAUGUUCUAGUUAGUUAGCAUGUUUUAUCUUAGUAAGAUGUUUUUGAAAAUGUUAACUACGACAUCUUUAUAUGUGCUUUACAGAUAUAUUAAUACCCUGGUAAUUUGAUCCAGAAUGUUUGAUUUCGGGAGUUGUGUUUGAUUGUAACUCUCUCUGCUACGGGUCCCAUGCAGGUGGGUAUGAAAUAAACUAUAGAGUGGUGUUCAAAAUUUAAUGAACCCCACGAGAAAAUAAACAUAUGUAAAGUGAACAAAGUCUGCCAUGUUCUUUAUAUUUAAUUGUGAAGCCAGAUGCUAGAACAUAACAUUCAAUAAAUUUUGUUUCUAUAGGCUUGCCGAGCAUUACUGUGUUGUUGUCUACGUUUGACUGUCGGCACAAAGGAGUGUAUUUUGUGGUGGGUCCACUAACUUAUGAGGACAAUUGCAUGCAUGGUGUCAUAUAUGCAGUUAGACCCAGGUGAGGUAAAUGGGUA